CAGGCUUUGUCACGUGACGGCAACCGACAAAGCUCAGGGGAGGUCUUUCAACGGGAGGCGAUAAGGACCGUUAUUUAUCUGCCGUCGCGCGUCAGCCCUGUAAUUAUUAUUUCACCGCAGCAGCGACCACGAUGAAUCGCCACAGAUCUUACCAACCCAUUCUGCCUUCCAGCAACAAACUGCUGCAAAGACGCUGGGACAAUACCUACUACGAUGAACACAGGAAGAAGGUUUGGCAAACUUAUUAAUUAUAAUCAUUAAAAUAAUGGAAUCGUCAAAUAGUUUCAGUCGUAUUAUUAUAGUUAUAGUUUAAAUUAUAGUCAUAAUAUUAAUAUCAAUCAAUCAAUACAUUUUGCUGUUAUCUCUACUCCGUUGAAAAUUGCCUAUAUGUUAAAAUAUCUCCAAACAAUACAUGUCUUGGUCCGAUCUGUGCUUUAUGUAUAGUAUCAGUAUCAGUAUCAACGGUGAAAAAUUGUUUUAUCGUAUCUCCUCCUCCCCACCCCCCCCCCUUUCACUUACCCCCAGGUGGGCUGAGUCAUGUAUGGAGUUUGUUUGAUAAAUUAAACGUUAGCCAAGAAAUGAGGAACUCAGUUAAGCCCAGGUCUUGGCCCUAAGCAAGGGAAUUUAAAAAAGGAUUGUCUGGUUUAUUAGUACCUACUACUAAUAGGGGAGCUAAGUCUAAGUCUGCUGUACUGUAAUGAACUUUGGGUAUGUUAAUGUUAUCAAGUUAAAGGGGGUUGGAUUAUGCCUCACAUGCACUUCAGCAGCAAUGGCUUGUCAAAAGUUAGUAUCUUAAAUUAAGGUAGCCCCCCCCCCCUCCCUUUUAAAAACGUUUUUAAGGACUUUUGUAAUGUAUUUGUAUUGUAAGACGGUUUAGACAGCUUCAUCAAAAUCUCACAAUAGUCCACUCUACAAUUAAAAACCAACACUCUUUGACACUAUACAAGUAUUUUAUAAAAAAAUUUCUGACGUUUGAUGAUGAGGAGUAGGACAAAAAUUGAAUUUUAAAUAACAUUGAAUACAGCAGGCCUGUAGUAAUAGUUAAUUUAUAGGUGGGUUUUUUUUUCUUUUUUAUUAAAAGGCCAAACAUAAAUUAGUUAAUUUUUCAUGACACACCAGAACCAGUAUUUCAUUAUACACACCAGUACUUCAUGUCAUAUCAGUCAUCAGUAUUUCAUGACACACCAGAACCAGUAUUUCAUUAUACCCACCAGUACUUCAUGUCACAUCAGUAUUUCAUGACACACCAGAACCAGAAUUUCAUUAUACACACCAGUACUUCAUGUCACAUCAGUAUUUCAUGACACACCAGUAUCUCAUGACACACCAGAACUAGUAUUUCAUGACGCACCCAAACCAGUAUUUCAUUAUACACACCAGUACUUCAUGUCACAUCAGUAUUUCAUGACACACCAGUAUUUCAUGACACACCAGAACCAGUAUUUCACUAUACACACCAGCACUUCAUGUCACAUCAGUAUUUCAUGACACACCAAUAUUUCAUGACACACCAGAACUAGAAUUUCAUGACACACCAGAACCAGUAUUUCACUAUACACACCAGCACUUCAUGUCACAUCAGUAUUUCAUGACACACCAGUAUUUCAUGACACACCAGAACCAGUAUUUCAUGACACACCAGAAUCAGUAUUUCACUAUACACACCAGCACUUCAUGUCACACCAGUAUUUCAUGACACACCAGUACUUCAUGUCACACCAGUGUUUCAUGACACACCAGUAUUUCAUGGAACACCAAUAUUUCAUUACACUCCCAGCAGUGGCUCAAUGAUAGUCUAAAUGCUCUUCGUGUGCAUCAAAUGCUUAUUAUUGCAUGGCCAACAAAUACACACAUAAUCUGAACCUUUGAGUCAAAUUUUUAAAGGGUCUUAUCUCUCUUGUUAGCCUAUAUUUAAAAGUAACAUGCCCAUUAUUGUAUGGCCAACAAAUACACACAUAAUCUGAACCUUUGAGUCAAAUUUUUAAAGGGUCUUAUCUCUCUUGUUAGCCUAUAUUUAAAAGUAACAUGCCCAUUAUUGUAUGGCCAACAAAUACACACAUAAUCUGAACCUUUGAGUCAAAUUUUUAAAGGGUCUUAUCUCUCUUUUUAGCCUAUAUUCAAAAGUAACAUAGUAAUGUAGAAUUAUAGAUUGAAUAUUCAAACAGUAUUUAUAAUAAUAAUAAUAAAGUUUAUUUUUUUUAAAUCACUCUUCAUCCGCAAAGGCUCAAAGAGAGGUACAAAGUCAACUAUAUUAAAAAGAGAAAUGAAACAAUCUAUAUUUUACCACAUUAAAACACAAAACGCAACACUACAGAAACUACAAACGAGCAUGGCAUACUCAUUCAAAGUCUUUCAUCCCUUUCAACUAUCAACAACACAAGCCAAUAUACAUCUAGGAGAUAAUAGCUAGCUGGAAAAGAUGGUAGACAGCAUCACCCCAGCAGGUGUUUGCAAAAUAGAUGUGUUUUCAAAUCGGUUUAGAAGGAUUCCAGUGUGUGUCAGGCUGUUAAAGCGACAGUUACAUAGUAUGUGCAACUAUUAUAGAUAAAUGAAUUGUUUUUUUUCCAAUUGAUGGUGUAACAGGUUGAAAAUGCCACGGCGACAGUGGACACAAAAGCUCCCCAGACAUACAUACAUCUGCAUCUCAAGCUUAAAAAAUUGCAGGUAAAAAUGACUUAGAGUCCAUAUAUAUUUACUUAUUUGAUUUUUAUGAGAAAUGGCAUGUACAAGUAUUUAACCGUAUACCUUUAUAACACUAAUGAUUGGGCCAUACUAUAACUUACAAAAUGUUAGAAACCUUCCUCUGAUAGUUAAAACCAAUUAAAAUCCUUUGCAAACACUUUUGUAUGGAUAAUAUUUUAUAUUUUCCACUAAAUUUUAUAAUGCAUUGAGAGUUUUAUAACGAAAAGGCCAUUACAAAUAUUAAUUGUGAAUCAGUGAUUUAUUUACAAAUUGGCUAAAAUUAAAGAGUAUUAAUCAAAACAAGGUCAUGGCUGCUUUUUAAAUUUACUGUCCAUAAUUUAUUAUACUUUACACUACCACAUGUCCAUUCACCCUCUACUUACACAAAAUACAAUAACACAACUUUAGUGUUACCGACAAUGGUAAAAAAAUUUUUUUUACAAAUUUAUGCAUAAUUUAAAUUUUGAUUUCAAACAACAUGAUGAAUUGAUUCUCUUAAUUUAUUGCAGUUGGUUCUCUUUAUUUAUUACAGUUGAUUCUCUUUAUUUAUUGCAGUUGAUUCUCUUUAUUUAUUUCACUUGUAACAAAUCAAACAUUUUUUAUUGACUAUUUACAAGAAAGUACAUUCAAAAUCUAUUUUCAUUUGAACAAGUAUUACUCUGAGGAAUGCUUCUCUUGUCAUGCCUUGUAAUCUCAGAAUGACUUGUAUUUUGUAUGAAAAAGUUAGGUAUUUAGUUCGAAAUUCUAAAUAAUUGCCAUUUCUUAGAGUUAUUUACUUUUCUUCAGCUUGAGGAGGAAAGGCUGGCCAUUAUUGAGAGAGACAACAGAAUUCUCCUGGAGAAGAUGUCUUAUAUCAUGAGGACUCGUGGUCGAGUGGACAACCGAAACGACUAUGAGAGCAAAAGGUUUGGUGAAUUCAUGAUUGAUAAUUAUUACAAAAGAAAACAAAUUAAAAUGGUGUAAUCCAAGCAAAGCAUGUUUAUGAUGAGUUACCAGCUCAGAGUGUCUGAAACGACCAGUAAAAUAUGUCCUCCGUCCAGUAAAACAUGUCUCCAACCAAUGAAAGAUGUCUCCAAGUAAAAUAUGUCUCCAACCAGUAAAAUAUGUCUCAAACCAAAAAAACAUGUCUCCAACCGAUGAAACAUGUCUCCAAGUAAAAUAUGUCUCCAACCAGUAAAAUAUGCCUCAAACCAAAAAAACAUGUCUGCAACCGAUGAAACAUGUCUCCAAGUAAAAUAUGUCUCCAACCAGUAAAAUAUGUCUGAGAUCAGUCAAAUAUGUCAUUAGGUGUUAAUUACUGAUUGUUUAAAAUCCUUAACAUUUCUAAGCUAACAUUUCACCAGCAACAAAUGAAAACAAACCCAACAUAAACUAAGCCUAAUUCUGUCCAGGCUGACCGUUCCGAAUAUCUUUUAUCUGAUUUAUGGUCACACUCCAACAUGUGUUUAUUGGGCAAAACCAAUUUAAAAAAAAAAAUUUUUUUUUUUUUUUUUUUUCCUUUUUUUUUGUGUUGAUAUUAGCAUUGAAAUAAAUCUGGCCACUUGACACAUGUAUGUCAUUACAGUGCUAAGUUAUUGGUCACUGCUUUUAUUUGUAUCAAAAGACUGUUUUUAAUUGUUUUUUUUUUUGUUUUUUUUUUUGUGUUAAGUCAGUAGUCACGUGGGUAAAGAUAAUUAGAAAUAAUUUAUAGAGCCACCAAACUCUUUAAACUAGGAAGAAGCAGUUAUGUAAAAAAAACCAGAAAACUAUGUUAUUGAAAAGUUAGGUUUUAAAAAAAAUUGCUUCUUUACAUUUCUGAUCUUCUGUUGAUAUUUGCACUUAAAUGGUGAGACCCAUUUAAUGUAAGAUUACUUAUUUUUAAAAAAUCUACUGGCUCAUGGUAAUUUCAUGCCUAACUAUAAGAAAUUUAAAAAGAAAGGAAAAAAUGUAAAAUAUUGGUACCGAUACUGGUAGUUGGUACAGUAGUGUAAAAAGAAGAACAGUAAAUAAUUGUUUCAUGAUUUAAUUGUGGUGUGCCACUGAAAUCUGGGAAAGGUUUAGGAGCCAUGUGAGGGGAAAAAGAUUAUACCAACAUUUUUCUCAGUGGGCUUCCUGUUUGAAUGGCUUCAGAAAAUGUAUUUUCUAUAAAAUUAAUUUUGAGUCUUGUUUUUUUAAGCUUGUUAUUCUCAAAGUCACAGAAUCAUUUAAUGUAAUUCUUCUUAAAAAAAUCAACUACAAACUGGGUCUAGAUUUAUCUAUUUUCUUUCUAAUAAUCUGAUAAUUAACUUAUUAUUAAGACUUAAUGAUGUACCAGAAAUUGACUUACAAGAUACAUAAUUCGUUCAAGAAGUGUAAUUAUAAUAUGGGUAAUUUAAAUGAGAAAAGUUUGUUAUUUCUUUAUUGUUUGAUCUUAGUGAUGUGUCUCCACUGAAUAAUUUCCCAAUUUUAUUCUGUUUCUAUUGGUGAAAAUCAUUGAUAAGUCUCCAUUGACUAUUUUCCAGUUUGAACAAAGAGAAGCGUCAGCAGGAGUUGUUGAGGAUCACUAGAGAAAAUCAAGAAAUCUUAUCGCGCAUCAAUCAACGAAGACCCGAGUACAGCCACGAGAAGUGGGACGCUGAGUGGGAAGAGAACCUCAGGUUUAUGGAUAGCAUAUCAGCGUAUCCCCCUGAUUGGUGGACUUCAGUAAGUGUUCUCUACGAAUGUGUCUAAAAAAUGAUUAAUAGCUGAAAAAUGCUUAUAUCUAAAUUAAUACACUUAAAAUUUUGACAAACAUAUAUAAGUAUAAGCACAAAUAUUUUUGGGAAUGUUGACAAAAACUUAAUUAUUUCAAUUCUAUACACAUAAUAUUACUGUAAAAGUUAAAAUAAGGACAUUUUAAAAAUUAUUUCCUUUUUGAUUCAUUCAAUUAAAAAAAUGGUUCAUUCUUGUUUAAAAUGAAACAAUAUCAGCAUUUCUUAUAUACAUAAAGCAGUCAAUUUAGUUACAGUACCGAUAUAAAGGGAAUUAUCAAUGACAAGCUCAAAACAUUUAUUAAUCAUUAUGAUAAAUAAUAUUUAUAAUAAUGCCAGUUAAUAAUUUGAAAUUACAUUCAUAAUUUACCUCAAUAAUUUAAACUAAAGUACUUACGCAUCGAGUACUCAUGCUAGCAGAAGUUUGUAUUCCCCCUCCCCCAUUUAAUAUUGAACAAUUUCUUUUGUCAAUAAUACAUCUGAAGUGAAAUGUUUGGAUGGCAUGAAAGCUUAUGUCAUUGUGAAAACCAUGCAGCCUGGUGAACUAUGGUGAUGAGUUCACAUCUACUACUAUCACUGAGUAGCACCCUGACACAUCAGAUGUAGAUGGAAAAAAAGUUACCUUUAAUUCUUUGUUUUCCUGUUGUGUUUUCUCCAAAGGACAAGAAAUCUCCCAGAAGGUCUAAAAGUGCCAACACUACAAAAGACGACGGUUCAAGGUCAGAGUCCAGACGUAAGAAAGGGAAAGAAAAUAGUAAAACAGACGAAAAAACAGAGGAUAAAUCAGAAGAGGAUGAAGAAUCUGAGGAGAAGGAAGAGAAAGAAACCAAGAAAACACAAGAGGACGGUACGGGUAAUAAAAAGGGAAAACUUGAUAAAAAGGAGAAAAAAGUUACUGAUGAAAAAGAGGACAGAGGAGAGAAGGAUGAUGGAAAGAAGAAAAGAGAUGCUCAAAAUAAAAGGAAAGAAGAAAAAGGAAAGGAGGGCGAAAAGAAAUUAAAAAAGAAAGAUCAUGACAAGGAUAAAGAAAAGAAUGAGGGAAAUGAUAAACAGGAAGAAAGGAAGACAAAGAAAGAAGAAAAGAAAAGAGAAGAAGAAAAGAAGAUAGAGGAAGAAAAGAUUACAAAGAAAGAUGAAAAAGAAAUAGAGGAAGAAAAGAAGGCAAAGAAAGAAAAAAAGAAAAGAGAAGAAGAAAAGAAGAAAGAGGAAGAAAAGCGGAAAGAGGAAGAAAAGAGGAAAGAGGAAGAAAAGAAGAAAGAGGAAGAAAAGAAGAAAGAGGAAGAAAGGAAGAAAGAGGAAGAAAAGAGGGAAAAAGAAAAACAAGAAGAAGAGCAAAAUGAAGAGGCAAAGAAGAAGGAAAAAGAAGAAGAAAGUACGAAGAGAGAGGAAGAGGAAAAAGAAAAUAGAGAGAAAAUGAAAUUAGCUGAAAGUGAGAAAAAGAGACAAGAAGAGUUAGAUGAACAGCAAAAGCAGCAGGAUGCAAAUGUGGAUGAAAACCAGAAAGAUGAUAAUACGAAUCUGGACAUUGUUCAGACAAAAGAUGAAGACGGCAUGCAGGAACAGACAAAUAAACCUCACAAAAAUGAAUCUGAGGCAUAGGCAACCAAGUCAUUGUGAUGGAUGAGUCUGUGCAAAUUGAGAACAUUUAUCAAGCAUCCGUUGAUCAGAUUGUAACACAGAUUUUAUCUGUCUUCUUCUGGACAGUUGCAUGUAUGGAACAUAAUCAACUUUUGGCAUUUAGUAUUACCACAUUGAUUUGUAUUGAGUAAAAAUUUCCUGUCCUAAUGUUACAACAUUAAGUUCUACUCACGCACCGUUUUUAUUUUCCCAGCCCAUUUUGUACCCUUGUCAUUUUAUUUAAAGUCUGAUUACUUUGUCCAAUGCCAGAGGUAUAGAAGACAAUUACCUUAAGAAGUGCAUUGACAUGACUCUUGACACACCAAAGCAUGAUUUUUCACAGAGCAUGGUGCUGUAGUUGUAAUUAUUAUAAGUUGUAAGUACAGGUACUAUAAUAUUUAGGUAUCAACUUAAGCAGCAUACCUUACUCCAAGGGAAUGUGUGAGUGUCUGAUAGGGGGGUCGGGUGACGAGAAGUGGGUGGUUGGGUAAUUGGAGGGAAGCAUGUUUAGUCUGGCCUACUCAUCAAGUAAUUUAGUGUGGGGGUUGUCCAUAUAUGUCAGCAGAGGGGAAUUAUCAACUCAUGACGAUGAAACAAUAUGACUUGUAAAACAGUGCACUGUAACCCCUGUAACAUGGCGGAGAGUUGACCUAAAAUAAAUCUGUCUCACCAAAACUCAAUCUUGUAAUCACGAAGACUCAGAUGAUCACAACACUUCUAAAAUGACAUGAAUCACACAUUUUAUUUAUAAUUGAAACAACAAAACCAUGCUGUUGGUUGUAACACCAAAGAAAUCAUAAUAAAUGGGUAACUUGUAUUUCUAAUGUUGACGUCAUGAUGGUCAGCAAUUAUAAAAGUUAUACACAUCAAGGUUGGUGUCAAAGUCUUAAAAAUCUUUGACUCGAAGACAUAAAAGAUAUGUUAAGACUUCAAAAUAACUGCUAAGAGUAUGAGUAGAUUUUGUUUAACAAAACCUCUGCAAUCACAGUAGCUUUAUUAUAACAGAAGUCAAAUUUUAUUACCAGUUGUCAAGCCUGGAUAAUUUCUAUCACAAUAUGAAUAUAGCUGUACUCUUUUUAAAAUUCCUUCACUAAGUAGGUGCAGCGAGUAAAUAUCUACCUUGAUGGUUAGUCUAGCUCAGCAUCUAUCGACAUCCGUCUUUCUCAAUAUUAAAAGAAAGAAUGGUUGUAAAUUAAACUAGCAGUCAGUUUGUACUUUUAGAUUGAAAAUAAUUAUUGACACUCUUGUUAAACUUUUAUUGGUAUGAUUCUAUUGGUAUCAUUUUAUUGGUAUGAUUCUCUUUGUCUGUGUUAUUAAUGAAACCCCUUUGAUUGUUUUUAUUUGUAAAUCAAAAUAUAUUGCCGAGUUGUACUUUUAUUAUCUUCAAGGCUGGUACACUACAACACAUGUUCACUUAGGCUGUGCUCUGUCUCAUUCACUUUGGUUUUUAAACAUUUGUUUUGAUCUGUUAUCAUUAAUAAUUGAUAUGACAGUGCAGCAACAGAUGCUGCGACAAGUCUAUUUUAAUCUAUACCCACUCUGUGACACAAUAUGGGAGGAGUCUAAUAUUUUAAUAUACACCCUCAAUGGGACAGGUGAUGGGAGGAGUCUAAAUAAUUCACCAACACUUUAAAAGAUUGAUCUUCAUUGAAAAUAUUAAUUUUAAUAGAAGUUUAUGUAUCUUACCAGAUGUAUUGUAUAAUAUAAGAAAUUUUACACAUAAUUUUAAGUUAUUUUAUUCUUUUGUCAGGAACAAGGUGAGUUAACAUUGGUUUCAGAUAAUGCAGGUGUUCUUCCUAAACAAAACUAUUAAUUUAUGGACUGGAAUAAAACAGAAAUUAUAAUGUUCAUAGUUUGUCUAUAAAAAUCAAAUAUUUUAGUCACAAUUAUUAGAUGUAUAAAACUUGAUUGUAGUUUUGCCACAUUAUUCCUCGUAUUUAAAAUAAUGAUGAUGCAUAUUUCUUAAACAUAAUAUUCUGUCCAGUAGGCUCAAAGUCAAAUCUUUUUUGAAAGACAGCCUGAAUUUAGAAGACAGGUGACUUGAAAUGGUCGAUUGAUGCAUGUGUGUGAGAGUAUUCAGUAUGCACACAUCUCUGUACCUGUUGGCAGUUCAAUGAAGUAGCUCCUGGUGAGAGAUUUAUCCUCUUACAUUUCAAGCUGCUUUGAUCUGAUCUCAACAUAACCAAAACACAAAUGGCUGCCAGGUAUCUCAGUCUGGUGCUCCAAAAAGGAGGCAUUUUUAAAAUGUUGACAUUUGAAUCUGCACUGGUAGAUACUGUGCAUUCUCAAAAAUGCUUUAACGUACUUUUAAAGUUGCGUGACUGGUUUCAUGAAGCACUGUGUGGUUCUUGACCUGUUGCUAUUGACUCACCUUGAUGCCCAUUGGUCACCAACAAUUUCAGUUGGUACCGGGAAUAAUUAUCUCAAUGUUCAUGCACUAAAUAUUUCUGUGUCAGUUGAUAUUUUGUUAAAACAAAUGCCUAGUGUGGCUGUUAACAGUAUUAUUCAUGUAUUUUUUAUGAUUUGUGAUAAUAGCAAGACACUGUUGUCUCUCCGAUGCCAAAAAAAAAUAUGGAUGUUUGAAAGAUUGCUUCAGUAGUCUACAUAAGCAGGUUUAAUUAGUCUUAAACUUGAUCCAAGAACAGCUUGGAAAAAAACAAAACAGGGUCAGGAAUCUUAAACUUAAAUUUAUUUGGUGCGGAUUCCUAUGAAAUGUUUAAUUAAAAUGGAAUUUUUUAGAUGUUCUAAGUUAAAGAAUGGCUGCUCCAUAUGAUUUUUUUAAAUUGACUUUUCUGCCUACUUAACUCUCUGUGUUUAUAUUUAGAUCUGUUGUUUAACACAGUAAACCUUUACAUUAAACUGAUUAAUAUUUUUUUAGGUAUACAUUAACAGGUGUUUGAUAUUCUCAAGUUUGAUUACCCUUGCUUAUCAUGCUGUAAUAUCCCUUUGUGAAAUAAAGUCAGAUAAAGAUG